AAACGUGGGUAUUAGAGCUGGUACAGAAUACUAGAUCCAAAAAAAAAAAAAAAGCAAUCUUCAUUUGUUUUUCUCUCCUUCCUCGCUUCUCCAUCGUCAGAUCCUCUUUCGUUCGUUUCCCAACUAAAAAAACGAAUACUACUAACCAUCUCCGCCAAUCCGCUCCUCUCGCGCCAAAUACAAAAGAAACAAAAAAAAACCCAAUUUUCUUCUCUAUUUCUUUUCCCCUUCAGUGAUCUUGGUUUAUCAGGGACAUGGCUGAUGGUAUGGCAGGGGGGCCAACGAGUCCAGCGGGAGGGAGUCAUGAGAGUGGAGGAGAGCAAAGCAGUCCUCACUCAAAUGUGAGAGAACAUGACCGUUACCUUCCAAUUGCUAAUAUAAGUAGAAUCAUGAAGAAAGCAUUGCCUUAUAAUGGGAAAAUUGCCAAGGAAGCUAAAGAUACUGUUCAAGAAUGUGUUUCUGAAUUCAUUAGCUUCAUUACUAGCGAGGCUAGUGAUAAAUGUCAGAAAGAGAAGAGGAAGACAAUUAAUGGAGAUGAUUUGUUAUGGGCGAUGGCAACAUUAGGAUUUGAAGACUAUGUUGAGCCACUUAAAACAUACCUGGCCAGGUACAGGGAGUUGGAGGGUGACACCAAGGGAUCUGCCAGGGGUGGUGAUGGGUCUCUUAAAAGAGAUGCAGUUGGAGCUAUGGCUGCCCAAAAUCCACAGUUUGCAAUCCAGGGAUCAUUGAACUAUGUUAAUUCCCAAGCACAAGGACAGCAUAUGAUCGUUCCCUCCAUGCCAGGUAACGAGUAGCCGAUCCUAUCUUCCUCUACCACUUUUACGAGUAUUAGGGCUGGUUAAAUUGUUUAGUUCAACACUUAUGGGAUCUUUAAUGUGGAUUCAUCUUAUUUAUGCAAAGCUACAUUCCUUGGGAUGUUUUUGGUUAUCUUGGUGAUUUGGAGUUGUAGAAGUCUUUUUCAAGUGCUGUAAUUUUGGCUAUUUAUCUGAUAUAUAAUAUAUUGCUUUGUGCAUUUGAGAAAA